AUGGGCGGCGGCGGAAAAGUCCCUUACCCCAAGCACGUCUGGUCCCCAGCCGGUGGUUGGUACGCGCAGCCUGCCAACUGGCGCGCCAACACUCUGAUUGCCGGUGUCGUCAUGGCCGGCAUCGUGGCCGUUACUUGGAAGUUCAGCGCUGAGCGAGAACAAUGGGCGCACCGACCUGAGCCUGGGCAAUGGUACGCCAGCCGACACUGGUCAAAGCAGUUGAAGCAGUGGGAUGCCGAGGAUCGUAACAACUCAACAAAGAGCGAAUAG